AUGGCAUCAAAAAGAAUUAUUCAGGAUGCAAAGACAUUGCUAUCCAAAUCUCGACCGGGGAAGUCAUCAUUUACCAUCUGUCCUAGAAGCUCGCAGCGAUAUGUACACCAAAGUGCAAGAUUGCCAGCUAUGACAGCUUCGAGUUCAAGGACGAGACCAACUCUUCAACCACUCCAUCAACCAUCAACCAUGUUAAAGCCUGCUGCGAUCGGCGGCGUUCGCAGCAUCUUUAUCCAAACAGAAGACACUCCAAAUCCGGAUGCACUGAAGUUCCUUCCUAAUCAUCCAAUCAUACCACAAGACGUCAAUUCGCCCUUCAUAGAAUACCUCAACCCCAGAUCCACGCUUGCGCCACCAUAUCCAUCCCCGCUCGCCGCAUCGUUGAUGAAUAUCGACGGGGUCAAGUCCGUUUUCUAUGGCGCGAAUUUCAUUACAGUCACCAAGGUAGAGGAUGCGAAUUGGGCGCAUAUUAAACCCGAAGUUUUCAGUCUCAUUACGGAAGCAGUAACUUCCGGUGCACAAAUUGUUAACCUCACGGAGAGGACAGGAGCAAGUGGCGAACCAGAGGAAGAAGACAGUCUAGCAUACAAUGAGGAUGAUCCGGAGGUUGUCGGAAUGAUUAAGGAAUUGCUUGAAACUCGCAUCCGGCCCGCAAUUCAGGAAGAUGGUGGGGACAUUGACUAUCGCGGGUUCGAGGACGGCAUGGUCAAGUUGAAGCUCCGAGGUGCAUGCCGAACUUGCGACUCAAGUACUGUUACGUUGAAGAAUGGUAUUGAGGGAAUGCUUAUGCAUUAUAUUGAAGAAGUGAAAGGAGUUGUACAAGUAUUGGAUGAGGAGGAAGAGAUAGCUCUCGCAGAAUUUGCAAAGUUUGAGGAGAAGUUGAAGCAACAAAAAGGUCCUGAUGCAGUUGCAUCAAGUAGCUUAGAUUCUAUUCCAGGUUGA